CCUCCGAUUCCCUCUCUCUCUGCGCGCGUGCGCGAGCUUCGGGCAUUCCUCGCGACGUGUAUCUCUCCAAUCUGCAUGUGUGCGUUGUGCAUGCCUCGAAGGUCAUCGCCGUGAACGGAAGCUUCACUCCGUCGCUGUUGACUGUGUUUCAGGUCCCGAAGAGCGGGGCGCGGAGGAGGAGGUGGAAAGUAUGGCGGAAGGUGAGGGCGGUUCGGCGGGGCCCGCGGCUUCCCCGUACGAGGAGGCGAUGGAGGCCCUGUCUUCUCUGAUCACCAAGCGCAGCCGCGCCGACAAGAGCAACAAGGGCGACCGGUUCGAUUUGCUUUUCGAUUAUCUGAAGAUGUUGGAUUUGGAUCAGCAAAUCCCGCAGAUGAAGGUCAUCCAUGUGGCUGGCACCAAGGGCAAGGGAUCCACAUGCACUUUUACAGAAUCAAUACUCCGUAAUUGUGGGUUCCGAACUGGACUUUUCACAUCACCUCACCUCAUCGAUGUGUGCGAAAGAUUUCGUUUGGAUGGUGAGGACAUUUGCGAAGAGAAAUUUUUGGCAUACUUCUGGUGGUGCUAUGAUAGACUAAAGGAAAAAGCUAGUGAGGAUGUACCAAUGCCUACUUAUUUUCGUUUCCUUGCCUUACUCGCCUUUAAGAUAUUUGCAGCAGAGCAAGUGGACGUUGCCAUCUUAGAGGUCGGUUUAGGAGGAAAAUUUGAUGCAACAAACGUGGUUGAGGCACCGAUAGUCUGCGGUAUAUCUUCUCUGGGGUUUGACCACAUGGAGAUUCUUGGAAAUACCCUGGGAGAAAUUGCUGGGGAAAAGGCUGGUAUCUUCAAGCGAGGAGUGCCAGCAUUUACUGUGCCUCAACCUGAUGAAGCUAUGCAGGUGCUUGAAGAGAAAGCUUCUCAUUUGGAUUUGAAUCUUCAAGUUGCACCGCCACUAGAUGCCAACCUACUUAAUGGUCUGAAACUUGGGCUAGUGGGUGAGCAUCAAUUUCUCAAUGCUGGUCUUGCUGUUGCUCUAUGCUCUACUUGGCUUCAGAGGACAGGUCAUCAGGACAUAAUCUGUCUGCAACAGAUGAGCAAUUUGCCCGAGCAGUUCAUUAAAGGGCUGACAUCAGCCAGUUUGCAAGGGCGAGCUCAGAUUGUCCCGGAUCGGCUAUUAAACUCUGACAGUUCAGGAGAACUGGUGUUUUAUUUGGAUGGUGCUCAUAGUCCUGAAAGCAUGGAAGUAUGCGCUAAGUGGUUUUCUCUUGCUGUUAAAGAAGAAAAUCAACCUCAGAACUGGUGUAACCAGCAAGGGGGCGACUCUAAAUCUGCAAAUCCAAUGUUAGGCAAUAACUAUGGCAAAAGUUCCGGAAAAAUCUCCACACAGAUACUUCUCUUCAACUGCAUGUCCGUGCGAGAUCCUAAGUUGCUCCUUCCUCGCCUGAUGAAUACAUGCGCUAGUCAUGGAGUGCAUUUCAAGAAGGCGCUUUUUGUACCGAACAUAUCUGUAUAUUACAAGGUUGGGUCACAUGCUCUACCUCCUAGCAAUUCUCAAGUUGAUUUGUCAUGGCAGCUUGCUCUGCAAAGAGUUUGGGAGAACCUUAUCCAAGGUGAAAAAGAAGGCGAGGCCAAGAACAUAGAUGUCGCUGGUGAUGAAGUUAGGGAUGAUACAGAAGCUUGCAUUAAAAGUUGUGAGAAUAGUGCUGUGUUUUCUUCUCUUCCAUUAGCUAUUAAGUGGCUGAGGGACAAUGCACAACAGAAUCGCUCAGUGCGGUUUCAGGUCCUUGUGUCUGGUUCUUUACAUCUCGUGGGUGACGUGUUGAGACUUGUCAAAAGGUGAAGUUGUCAACCCGCUUGAAGCCUUCUUAGAUUGCUUUGCUGUGGAAUACAUUGCAUUGCGGACGAGUUGGAUCUGUCCUGAAUGGAACUUGUCCCCUGCGCGCUAGCAAAAGAACUUUACUGAAAUGCCGAAACUGCAUUGCUGGUUGUCAAACUGCCAGGAAAUUCUUCAGCACCCGCAGGAAUCUCUUUUUGGUGUUCUGCCAUUAUUCUACUUAUUCGAUGUUAAUUUAUUUGACGUCGAGCAUUUGAACAAUAGUCGAAGCGAAGAAGGUUGUUUGGAUAUCUGUUGAGAGCGGGCUUUUCUCCCUUUUACAGAAGAACACAGGCUCUGUUGUGUUGUUGACUGGAAUGAACUGUAUUUUGCUCAUAUGUCAUUGGGGAAGCAACAGUGGAUUGGCCUCCUUUUGCGACUUCUAAAUAUGCAGUUCAGUCGCCCAUUUUGGUCAA